AUGGGCGAUCUUGUAAGGAACCAUGUGACUGUGGGCAUCGUCGGCGGGGGUGUGGCUGGUCUCGCCCUGGCCAAGAUGCUGGAGAUGUCAGGCAUCUCUUAUCGCCUGUGGGAGUCGCACCAUCGGUUUGCGCCUCUCGCAGGAGCUAGUGUUGGAGUCCUGCCGAAUGGCCUGCGAAUCUUGGACCAGCUGGGGAUGAUCAAUGCAAUCAAUCAAUACAAUGUCAAGCGUCAGGUAUGGGAGCAUCGUGAUGCAAACGGAAAGCUCCAUGCGAGCUUUAAUCCGGGCGCUGUGAUGGAGGAAAAACUGGGUUAUGGUGGAGUGUUGAUGGAAAGACAUCAUUUACUUCGGAUUCUACAUGAAAGCAUCGACGACAAGACGAAACUGUUCUCCUCAAAACGAGUGGUCUCCGUCUUACAGGCAGAUAGUGGAGCCACAAUCGUUGCCGACGAUGGUUCCCAACUGGCGUGCGAAAUUCUUGCUGGUGCAGACGGCGUCAAGUCCGUCGUUCGCCGUGAGAUUGAGAAAGAUACUAUGUCCAGAUCAGAGAAUCCCGAUUUCCAGUUUGAUGCGCGGUUCGUCUGUGUCUGGGGUAUCUCGGACCCAGUCUCGAGCAUUGGACCGGGUCGGUCAUUUACCAUAUACCGACCCGGUGUAUCACUGCUGGUGUUCAGUGGCCACGGCGGGGUGACUUCCUGGUUUGUGACCCGGGAGAUCCAGGCUGGUGAAGCAUCUCGGCAAUUCUCCGAACAAGAAAGUCAGGCAUUGUGUGGACAGGUCGCCGAUGUCACGGUCACAGAUGGAAUAAAGUUUGCGGCGAUUCUCAGAAAGAGGCGUUUCACUAUCAUGACCGCCUUAGAAGAGGGCCUUGCCGAAAGAUUCUUUUCCGGCAGACUUUUUCUGCUGGGUGAUUCAGCCCAUAAGAUGGUCCCUCACGGAGCGAUGGGUGCAAACCAGGCUCUAGAAUCAGCCGCAGCAUUUACCAAUCUCCUCCGACCAUUAGUAUCUCAGACAAGAAUGGGAGGCAUGCGAACAAUCCUCUCUCGACCUGAGGUUGAAUCUUGUCUCAGCCAAUAUGAAAAGCGGCGUCGGGAUCGAGCGGCCGCCGUUCUUCGAGCAUCUCGACUCGGCUGCCGAGCUCAUUUGAAGAUAGGCCCUGAAAGUGAGGCUUACUGGUCUAAUUUACACCAGAUGACAAGCUCUGAGGGGAUCGCUAAGAUGCUCACUUCAAUGUGUAGUGCAGAGAAACUUGCUGAUUGGGACGGAGGGAGCUCGAACGUCAAGGUAUAUACAUCCUUUGCGCGGGCUCAACAAGCAGAUUAG